AUGUUCGCACUAGAAGUCCAGGUCUCCAAGAAAACCCCGCCGCCGUUCCCUUACACCUCGCCCAAAAAAAUUCAUAUUGGCCGUCUUACUAGAACAGUCAAUAGAGAACAUAUUUUGAAAAUCUUUGGGACUUACUGCACAAUAAAGCAUGUUGAAUGUCCAAAGGACCACGCGCACCCCAAUUUGGGGCGCCUGUACUGUUAUGUUGAGUAUGUAACAGCUGAUGAAGCUGAAAAUACCAUGAAGCACAUGGACGGUGGACAGAUUGAUGGUCAGAAAAUAACCGCCGCACCAGUUUUGAUCUUACCAAAACCGCGUCCUAUGCCUAUGAGAAGAUCUCCUCCUCCGCCAAUGAGAAGACCUCCGAUGCAUAGAAGGAUACCUUUCGGAGAAGAUCUUUUAUCAGACCUAUGA